CAUUUCAAAGUCUCACAACUCAAGAGUCAAAACCACCCAAAAAAAAAACACAACUUUGGCGCAAAAACUCAAAAUCAAAAACCAUUUUCAUCAGCUGCAAAAAAGCGCACUACAUCCAUUCCAUCUUCAUUCUUCCCUCUCAAUUUUCCUUUCUCUCAAACUCACUACUUUCUCUCUCAUAGUCAUGGCGGAUAUUGAACCUCCAUCAUUUUCCUUAGGCCUAGACUUUGACCCAGAACCCUCAAACCAUCACCAACCCAUAAACACAACGACCCACAUAAACUCCGGUGCACUUAACCCGGAACAAAAUGAAUUUGAAAAUGAAAAUCGCAAAGAAAACUUGAAACAACAUGACGACGAAUUUGAGAUGCGGGUCUCCGAUUCCGACCUCGAAUCUCCCGAAUACCCGACCCGAACCCGUUUCCGGCGUCUCCUUCGUGGUGGGUCCUCCUCUUCUAAGCCCAUUUCUGAUCCUAUUGGGCCUAAUUCUACUGCAAUUGGGCCUAAAUCUACUUUCAUUGGGCCCAUUUCGAGUUCUGUUGAUGAUGAUAUUGAGGACUUCUCUGACGAGGAAAAUGGUCAGAUACAUGAUCUUCUGGUACCUCAGCACCAUACUUCCUGUAGCAGUUCAAAGUUGCCAUUAUCUGGAUGUGGGGUUUUGAUGCGACAACAGAAAAGCUCUAUACAUGACAGAAAAGGGAGACAAGAUUCAAGCUGUCCUUCUACAAGUCUAGGUACAGACAAGGGAAAAGCUGUGUUUUCAGACUUCACUGCAAGCCCCCUUAGAAGGUUUCAGCUACUUGAUUCUGAGUCAGAUCCUGAUGAUCCAUCAAUUGGGGUACACAUUGACAAGGAAGCUAGUGGGGUUAGUGGGGUUGAGAUUUUAAAAAAUAAUAAGCAAAAAGAAUCCAACUUUCCAGCAAGAUUUCAGCUACUUGAUUCUGAAUCAGAUCCUGAUGAUCCAUCAGAUGGCAUACGCAGUGACAAUAAAUCUAUUGGGAUUGACUUCUCAAAGAGCAAGGAACAAAAAGAAUCUAACCUUGGAAGCCAUAAAGUUUCCCUUGGGAAAACUGUAAAUUUGUUGCAUCGCAAUUCACAGAAGCAGGAUCUGUGGAAAGAUUUCUGUGUCAAUGAGAAAUGUUCUGUGCAGACCCCGGCUUUCGAUGAAAUCUGUGAAGAAUAUUUCAAAGUUAUGAAAUCAAGCAAGCCAGCCCCAUGUUCACAAAAAUUGUGUUCAAGUGAACAGGAAAUGAGCAUGAACAACGCCAAGAAAAAAUUGCAUACCCAAGUUUCAGGAUCUGUCGUACCUCCAUCUCACCAUUACUUUUUUCAUGAUGAUUUGAGGGUCCAAAGAUUAAUCCGCAGUCGUUUACCUUACUUUUGCCCAUUGAGCACUUGUGCUGAUGCAGGACGCGAGUCACAUAACGGAUCAUCUAUUAAUUACAUGAGUCAAUUUGGUCAAGGUGGUGCAAAACAGCAAGCUGACCGGCAAGUAUCUUCAGCAAAAAGCUCCGGAAGGAGAACAAAGAAAACUAAGAACUCUAAUAUAGAAGAUACAUCUGUUGGUGCUGGAGACUGGAUUAAUCCCAAACAGACAGCCAGCACUCCCACCGAUGCUGGCAGGAGAAGGGUUCAUGCUGAUGGCCAAUCUGCUGGUCAAUGGUUUCCAGGAGAAAAUGGAAAGAAUGUGUAUGUGACUAAAAAUGGGAAACGAUUGACAGGCCGACUUGCUUACAUACAAUACAGAAAGGAAAGUGGAAUAGGUUUUAAGAAAAGUGCUGCGAAGAAAAGUGCUGGGAAGAGAAGUGCUGCCAAGAAAAAGUGAGUUUCAAGCUGCUGAGCUAACUGUAGAAAUUAGUCUUCUGCUCUAUCAGCUCUCCUUUGUUUUUUCCCUUACACAAUCAUGUCCUUUCCGAUUGUGAAUGGUGUAUUUUACUGUGUCAUUUAGUCCAUAUAUGCCUGUAAAUAUGAUCAAUUUUUUUGCAUUUGUUACAUUUUUAUAACAUAGUGCAGAUUUUUUUUGAUA